AUGGCUUCCACAGGACAACAGACCCCAAUGCCCGACAGGUCGAGCGGAUCGGUCUCGCCUACCCAGACCGUCGAUGUCGAAAAGUCUGGACGCCCGGACUCGAUCAAGCAGCACGAUGACGCCGCCAAGGUGACCGAGAGCGGCGCCGUGGAGCAGACCAUGUUUGGCGAGAAGCGAGACCAGUAUCGCAGCGAGGAGGACUACAUGUACGAGCAGCAAAAGAUGUCCGAGGGUGACCACAAAUUCCACCGUCUCGGUUGGAAGAAGCUCACCGUUUGCCUCAUCGUCGAGGCCAUUGCCCUCGGUGCGCUCUCCAUCCCUUCGGCAUUUGCUACGCUCGGAAUGGUCGCCGGCGUCAUCGUGUGUAUCGGUGUCGGCAUCAUCGCCAUCUACACCAGCUACAUCGUCGGCCAGGUCAAGAUCAAGUUCCCCCAGGUUUCGCACUACGCUGACGCCGGUCAGCUCAUGAUGGGCCGCUUCGGCUACGAGCUCAUCGGGGCCAUGUUUGCCCUCCAGCUCACGCUCCUCGUAGGAUCGCACUGCCUCACCGGAACCAUCGCCUUCCUCAACCUCAGCAGCAACGCCAUCUGCUCGCUCGUCUUUGGUGUCAUCUCGGCCAUCAUCCUCUUCAUCGUCGCUGUGCCACCCACCUUCUCCGAGGUUGCGGUGCUCGGCUACAUCGACUUCGCCUCCAUCAUCGUUGCCAUCGGCGUCACCAUCAUUGGCACGGGCGUCAGGUCCCACCAGGAGCCCCAGUCGCUCAUGCCCGCACAGUGGUCCGCCUGGCCCAAGGAGGGCACCACCUUUGCCGACGCCUGGGUCGCUCUCACCAACAUUGUCUUCGCCUACUCCUUUGCCGUCUGCCAAUUCUCGUUCAUGGACGAGAUGCACACGCCCACCGACUACGUAAAGAGCAUCUGGGCUCUCGGCAUCAUCGAGAUUGUCAUCUACACGCUCACAGGCGCCCUCAUCUACGCCUUUGUCGGUGCCGACGUCAGGUCGCCCGCCCUCCUCUCGGCUGGCACCACGCUCAGCAAGGUGGCGUUCGGCAUUGCGCUCCCUGUCAUCUUCAUCUCGGGCUCUAUCAACACCACCGUCGUCGCGCGCUACAUUCACGGCCGCGUCUUCAAGAACUCGGUCAUUCGCUACGUCAACACGCCCAUGGGCUGGGCGACGUGGCUGGGUCUGGUUGCGCUCAUCACCGUCAUCGCCUGGGUGGUGGCCGAGGCCAUCCCCUUCUUCUCGGAUCUGCUCGGAAUCAUGUCGGCGCUCUUCAUCUCGGGCUUCACCUUCUACUUCCCUGCGCUCAUGUGGUUCCUGCUCAUCAAGGAGGGCAAGUGGAACGCUACGCGUUGGAACACCAUCCUCAGCGUCAUCAACGCCGCCGUCUUCCUUCUCGGCCUGCUCAUCCUUGGGUGUGGUACCUACGCAUCGGUCAAGGACAUUGUCGACCAGUAUGCAAAGGGCACCGUCCGAGGCUCGUUCACAUGCGAGCCCAUCGGCUAA